GAUGUGGUUCGAAAUUUUACCAUCUGCACUUAUUAUAACUGCAGCUCUUGCAUUUCCUCACGCUUCCGCUUACAUAAUGAAUUAUUUAGUAUUUGGUAACAUGUAUAGGAGGUCCAUGUAUCAUAUGGAGGAAAGACGUCAGUAUUUAAGAGACAGGAGGUUAACUAAAGAUCCUUAUAAAGUUCAAGGACUAGAAGCCAUACCAGACGAAGACGACAAAGAAAACCAAUCAAACAAUUAGAAUUUUUAAUUAUAAUAAUUGAAAUUCUUUAACUAAUUCUGUAUAUUAUAAAUGUUUCCGAAAUAAAAGAAA